GGGACAGGUGGGGGCAAUCAUGGUGCCGCUGGGGAGGGGAGAAGCUGCCGCUGCCGCCGUUGCCGGGAGCCGCGGAGAAAGGCCAUUACCGUUCUGUUUCUCACAACUGGGCUGAGCACAACUGAACCAUGGGGGAGCACAGUCCAGACGACAACAUCAUCUUCUUUAAGGGAGAGGAAGAUGACCUAACCCCGGAUGACAAGAUGCUCAGGUUUGUGGAUGACAGCGGACUGGUGCCGUCCUCAUCUGGAACUGUUUAUGAUAGGACCACUGUUCUCAUAGAGCAGGACCCUGGCACUUUGGAGGAUGACGACGACGACGGACAGUGCGGAGAACACUUGCCUUUUCUAGUGGAAGGUGAAGAGGGCUUCUUAAUAGAUCAGGAAGCAAUGUCCCAGGGUUAUGUACAACACAUUAUCUCACCCGAUCAGAUUCAUUUGACUAUAAACCCUGGUUCCACGCCCAUGCCAAGAAACAUCGAAGGUGCAACCCUUACUCUGCAGUCGGAAUGUCCAGAAACGAAACGCAAAGAAGUCAAGCGGUACCAGUGCACCUUUGAGGGAUGCCCCCGCACCUACAGCACAGCAGGCAACCUGCGCACCCACCAGAAGACUCACCGCGGAGAGUACACCUUCGUCUGUAACCAGGAGGGCUGCGGCAAGGCCUUCCUCACCUCCUACAGCCUCAGGAUCCACGUGCGAGUGCACACAAAGGAGAAGCCAUUUGAGUGUGACGUGCAGGGCUGUGAGAAGGCGUUCAACACACUGUACAGGUUGAAAGCACAUCAGAGGCUUCACACAGGGAAAACGUUUAACUGUGAAUCUCAAGGCUGCAGCAAGUACUUCACCACACUCAGUGAUCUGCGGAAGCACAUUCGAACCCACACAGGAGAAAAGCCAUUUCGGUGUGAUCACGAUGGCUGUGGAAAAGCCUUUGCAGCAAGCCACCAUCUUAAGACUCACGUCCGUACGCACACUGGUGAAAGACCCUUCUUCUGCCCCAGUAACGGCUGUGAGAAGACCUUUAGCACUCAGUAUAGCCUCAAAAGUCACAUGAAAGGUCACGAUAACAAAGGAGCCGUGUACAGUGCACUUCCACAACACAAUGGAUCAGAGGAUACAAAUCACUCACUUUAUCUGAGUGAGCUGGGCCUUCUGUCCACGGAUUCUGAACUGCAAGAAAAUUCCAGUGCAACACAGGACCAGGACCUCAGCACAAUUUCACCAGCAAUCAUCUUUGAAUCAAUGUUCCAGAACUCAGAUGACCCUGCGGUUCAGGAUGACCCUCUGCAGACAGCUGCCUUGAUCGAGAGUUUUAAUGGUGAUGCAGAGUCAGUCAGUGACAUCCCACCGCCUGCAGGAAACUCGGCGUCUUUAUCUCUUCCGCUUGUCCUGCAGCCUGGCAUCUCUGAGCCACCCCAGCCUUUGCUGCCAGCCUCAGCUCCGUCCGCUCCUCCACCUGCUCCCUCCCUAGGACCUGGUUCCCAGCCGGCUGCAUUUGGCAGCACCCCUGCUCUCUUGCAACCUCCAGAAGUGCCUGUUCCCCACAGCACACAGUUUGCUGCUAAUCAUCAAGAGUUUCUUCCGCACCCCCAGGCGCCACCCCAGACCAUCGUACCAGGACUUUCUGUUGUUGCCGGGGCUCCUGCAUCAGCAGCAGUGGCAUCAGCUGUGGCAGCACCAGCCCCACCACAAAGUACUACUGAGCCCUUGCCUGCUAUGGUCCGAACUCUGCCCCUGGGUGCCAACUCUGUCCUAACUAACAAUCCUACCAUAACCAUCACCCCAACUCCCAACACGGCAAUCCUGCAGUCCAGCCUAGUCAUGGGAGAGCAGAACUUACAGUGGAUAUUGAAUGGUGCCACCAGUUCACCACAAAACCAAGAACAAAUUCAGCAAGCAUCGAAAGUCGAGCAGGUGUAUUUCACCACUGCAGUGCCAGUAGCCAGUAGCACAGGGAGCUCUGUCCAGCAGAUCGGCCUCAGUGUUCCUGUGAUCAUCAUCAAGCAAGAGGAGGCCUGUCAGUGUCAGUGUGCCUGCAGGGACUCUGCCAAGGAGCGGGCAGCCGGCCGGAGAAAGGGCUGUUCUUCCCCACCCCCUCCAGAGCUGAGCCCCCAGCCUCCUGAUGGGCCCAACCUGCAGCUGCCACCCUAGACUUCUCCCUCACCCUUGCCCCCCUCAUCCUCCUCCACUGGACCCUCUUCCUGUGAGCAAAGCAGACAGGCUGAGGCUCCUCAGACCCUCCGAAGUGUUAAGUGCCAUGGACGUGUCAGAGUUCCUGUCCCUCACAGCCUGGACGCCUCGUCCAAUCCAGUUCCGAGCGAAGCACUACUGCAGGGUAGAGGAGACAGCCUGACCAGCAGCUGCUCGGGGGACGGGCCUGUGCGCGCCCCUUCAGGAACAGGGUGAGCAGGAAGUAGCGGGUGUGAUGCUGCCAUCAUGGGGUCAGAAAUUGGAAGGAUGAAGAAAUCUGCCAUCUGAAAGCCUCACCUUUCAGACAUAUUUUCUUUACUCAUAUCCCAGGAACAUCCAUUUUAAGGAACUGAUCUUUGGAGGAAAACAAAAACAAAAAAAGAAAAAAAAGCUAAGUUAUAAGUGGACUGUCUGGCUGCACUGUGUGUCACUUUUGCUUAUUGUUCUGUGAACUUGGAAACUAAGGUUACGUGUGCAUAAAAGUUGUAAAUGAACGGGUGUGGUUUCCAUCAAUUUGGUGCUGCCCAUCACUGCACUGGGGUCCUUGUGGAUGGGCAGGAAGUGCAGUGUGCUGCGUGUUGCUCCUCCCUCUCUGUCUUUUUGAAUCUGAGGUGACGUCUCUCUGGAGGGCCAGACCACUGUUCUGUGGAAGCGGUCAGUGGCAAGGGCAGGUGAGAGUUGUGAGCUAGACAGGGUGAGAUUGUUGUGUUGUUGGCGCUUUGUUUCUGUGGAGCUUGGAGGAGAUGCAGAGGGACCUGUCCUGUAUCCUGCUCAGUCCAAGCGAGCAGCAUCAGGCCCCUGGCCAUGGUGAUGUGGUGGUUCUGCAGGGCCCUGAGGCAAUUUGACAGCUCUGUUGAUCCUAGCUAGAGCUGGCUCUAGCAAAGCCAAGUCCUUGCCUUCUGGGCUCUUCCCAUUUCUCCGUGCUUGUCAGGGCUAGAAGUUUGGACUGCAUCGCUCCUAAGGAAGCGCCCUAUUUUAUCCAUAGUGAAUGCAGGGCUGAUGGCCAGUGGCUGCCAGGGUCUGCCGCCUCAGAGCAGGAGGGCCGCUUCUCCUGAGAAGGUACAGAGCGAAGGGGGUUGGAUGAAGUAGUAGGUGGUACCCAGGUCUAGCCAGGCUUUUGUUUAUCCCCUCCCAUCUCCAUCCUCACAUCUCUAGAUUUUGCAUACAGCCUCACACAGUGCAAACAAGGAUGUGAUUUCUAAACAAAAAGGGAUAAAAACAAAAACGAUGAUCUUCUACUCAGGGUAAAACAAAAAUUCCCCUUCCACCAAAAAGCCUGAAGCUUGCAGUCAGUUACCUCAUUUGGAAUGUUUCAUUAAGUUGUGUUCUAGGAUUUUUUUAUUAGUGUAUAGAAUUGUGUCCAUCUACCUGCCUUUGGCUCCAGGUUCCUGCCUCUUCAAAUAUAGUAUAAUCCAUAGGAAAACGGGAGCGUCUGUCCUUCAGCUUGGAAAGCUCAGUGGCCAGGCUGGGGUCUGGAGGUCUCGGCCUCCUUCCCGGAGCAAGGUCCAGAGCCCAGACAAGAUGAGAGCUGUGUAGGUUGCCCUCCUGCAGCCCGUCAGGAUGGUGUCCUUUCAGAAGGCCCUUGUCUAGAGGCAAGAUAUUUCAGGACAACUGACCAAGGGAGUCAUGGCAGCGGUAAGGGGAAGACGGGUGCAGCCAACCAGGAAGCUUUGCGUCAGGCCCUUGAUGUUUCUGACUUCUGAGGAGAGCAGUGAGAGGGACGCCAUGGGGUUCUGGUUCGCUGGGAGCUGACAUAGGAAAGGAGCCCAGGGAGGAUGUGUGGAAGGUUGUAAUGGUUUAAAUAAGGCUUCUUGGUUAGCUCAGGCUGUACUCUUAAUGAUCCCUUCCUGGGUCACUGGCUUUUCGCUCUCCACAGUUGCGGGUAUGGAAGAAGCAUUUAAGCAGUGUUAAGGCUGACAUGUUUCCAGCUGCAAGAGUUAAGUAUUUGUCUUUGUGGGUGGCUGUAGAACAUAAGAGACUCUCAGCUCCAAAUAGCUUUUGGAAAUUGAGGAAUGUGCUUAAAAACCAGUAGUUGUGCAGGGCCAGGUGUAUUCCGCGGACUAGCCAGCCUUCCCUGCCAGGCCGUGCCAGCUCUCCUCCCAGAAGCCCAGCUUCUAAUGCCAAGAACCCUGGCUAGACUAGAGCCAGAAAGCCCCUUCCUGGAGAGUGGUUUCUCAGGGGAAUGAACUUAGGGUAAGGCCAAACAGAGUGGAUUCUGGCAGGUGGAGGUAAGCCUUUUUUUUCCUCUCAUGGCAGCCUUCACCAUUGUCACCCUAUAGAGCACACCUGGGCUACCACUAGCAUCUCCAGUUUAGCCCCUUCCAAGACACUAGUCCACAACAAGGGUGGAGAGUGGACCUGGUGGAUUUAAGAGGUAGUCAGGUAAUCUUGGUCCCGACAAACUGCCUUAUAAAUGUGGUCCUUCCCAGACAGGAGGGCAAGGCUGAGCAGGGUCUGGCCAACCUCCUGGGGCAGCACUAGUUUGGUGACCGAAGUUGUGCCAUUUAUUGGCUUACUCCAGUUUAGAAGAUCAUUGGUACAGCGCUAAGGAGAGGCCUUGAGAUGUGGGAACCUCUCUAGGUAGAAGGCAAGGGGACUUCCCUUUGCUUCCAGAGAGUCAAUACAUGGGAAAAGGUGGUUUUCUAAGUCAGGGCAGUGGACUGAUGGGGUAAUGGAGGUAGAUGAGGUUUUCCUGAGGCUUUGUAUGAUGCUGAAUGUGUCCAGAGGGACAAAUUUGCAGAACCUCAUAUUGGUAUAUUAAAGAAAUAAUAAAAUAAAAGCACUUUAGGUUACUUUAUCUUUAACCCAAUUGCUGCAAUUUCUGUUGUGUAUGUAUAUAUAUACAUAUAUAUAUACUUCCCACAAAGUUUUAUUUUUUGCUCAUAAUAAAAAGUUGAGGUGUGAAAAGAAAAGCACUUACUUUGGUGCAAUAUAUGCGUAGCUUGAGAGUUGUAAUCCCAUGUGGCCCUGGCCCAGCCUGUUUUUCCGUCAGCCCUGUGCUGAAGCUGUCCAUAGGGAAACACUUCUGCAUCUCAGCAGCUGCUCAAUCUAUGCAAGCCUAUGUGAGUCCCGGGCGCCCCCCUCAGGCCCUCCGCGGAACUGCUGCAUCUGUUUUCUGACUGUUGAGCCCCCUUUCUACCACUUCUUGGUCCCCCUGCUGUCUUUCCCCUCUUCACCAUGUCAAAAUGAUUCCUGAAAGGGACAGGUUGUUCCCAGGUAAAGAUCCGGCACCUUCUAGACUUUCAUAUCUGUAAUCACAUCCAUUGAAGGUAACGGCUUCUCCAGUGUCACUGAAACUAUUGAUUGUGGAACUGCACCGCUAUUGCUCGUUUACAACUUCUUUUUCUACACCCCCAAUCAGAAAUAUGUUGGAAGAAAGGAAUGGGCAAUACAAGCCACUACCUGAGUUGGCUCAAAGCAGACUGUGGGCUUCCUCAAAUCCCGUCAUAAGGCCGCUGCUAGUCUCCCUCACGGGUCCCACCUCAUCUUAAAUCCCAGCUGAAGAUGAGAGGCAUUUUAAAACCCUUCAGCCAGAGCAAGAUUUCCCUGCAGUCUGCAAGCGGGUCUGCUGUGACAUAGCUGGGAAAUCGUCCAUCUCCUAUUUGGGGUGGAAGGCGUUCAAUCACAAAGCCAGAUAAUACAUAUUUCUGAUUGGUCAAUCUGUUUGGCCUGUUUCUGGAAUAUUCUUGGGGCAAAGAUAAAAGGGUCUUGUUUCUUAGGCCCCUGCUCUUGGGAGGUUGAUGAUUAGCCUGGGCAUUUCUCACUGUUACUCCUGGUGGCGAGAGGGCUUCUUGGUCUGCACUGAAAACAUGAGUUAUUGCAUCUGUCAAGGGAUAUUAUAGUACAAGUGGGGUUUAAAAACCAUGCAUUGUUCCUUUGGUGGUGGCCUACUGGGCCAAAAAUAAGUGAUAAUGUCACGUCGCUUUCUCAACAAUGCAGUUUCUACUUUUUUUACAGGAAAUUUUUUCGUAAAACUUUUUUCCACCAAAACCUAGGGUGUUUUUGCAAUAUCCAUAUUGCCCUCGUGGUGCCAAGUCAGAGGCUCGUCUGUCCUGGCCUCAUGUGUUCUCAGGCCUCCCAAGGGCUGUUAGAUUCAACAGUCUGCAUCUUUUGUUGUGCUUUGAAGAAAAUGUCACUGAGGUUGGAGUUGCAGGCAACUAUUCCCUGUUCCUGUGAACUCACCCUAGUUCCAGUUCAGGGAGGGUGGCUGGAAACAGGCUUUUCUGGCUCAGACCUAGCCCGAAAAGGCCACAAAUUCUCUUUUCUAACACACACUAAAUCAUUGGCCAGUGGUCUUGGUGACAAGUUUUUAAGUCCCAAAUAGUUUUAUUUGGAUUAUGUAAAAGUAUCAAAUUUAUUUUAAAUGUAAAACAUGGGAACAAUGGACUUCCACUGAGCGAUAUGAAAACGUUACAGGUUCAGUACUUCCAAAGGAAGAAACUUCCAAACCCAAAAAAGAAAUACGAAUUUGUAUUUUUGAAGAAUGUGAAAUAAUGGUGUUUGCUUAAUUGCUCAUUUUGUAUAAACUUAAUAUUGUACUUUAAAAUAUCUGCUAUGAAGUGAAAAUUUAACUUUUUGGAAUUGAAAAAGCAAUAUUAAAUACUAAUGAAAUCUUAAUUAAAUGCUUAUUUAAAUCUGGUA